UAACACCAUUGAUGAUGCGGAAAAGGGUAAUACAGUGGUUUGUUGUCAAAAGAGAAUUGGGCACAGUGGUACACUAGUAGAGAUAGUUGGUGGUGCCUGCCCUGCUAUGUGGAGCUCGCAGUGUCAGGAUCUGGUGUGAAAGGUGCAUAAAAUUAUUGAAGAGAAGCAAAGAAUCGAAGGGCUAACAAUGGUCUCUCAUGGCAAGAGGCGCGAGCCAGUCUUUCAAGAGUCUCAAGGUAAUUAAUUGUUUUUGAAGAUUUGAUAGUGGUGACUGGUGUUGGUGCAAUGUGCCAGAAGUUAUCUGUGCUUGUUCCUGUAGUUUCUCUUUUACUUUUGUUUGAUAAAAGAUGUCUUCAAUAUUAAACAUGGGCCAGACAUGUUCCGCAGUUCUAGAGCAAAUCGAAAAACAGGUGUUUACCUUUUGAAACCUUACUUUUCCUUAAAAACAAUACUAAAAAAUCAAAUCUUAUCACUAUAAAUAUAAUUAAAAAAAAUCAUAAUCCUAAAAGAAUAACAGAAAAAACAGAAGCAUGUAUAAAAAAUUAAACUAAAUUUUUUAUAUUAUGGAUUUUUAAAAGACAGAUGAAGAUAAUUAAGUAUAUAAUUAAUUAUCUUUUAGUUAAAAAUUUAACCAGUCUUAUAAUUUAAUUAAUUCUGAGUAAAUAAAAACUCAUAAUUAAUAAAUAAUUAAUAAAUUAACUAAAAAUACAUGCCACAUAAUAUUAAAACCAAAUAAAAUAUUCCAACAAGAGAAUGAGUUAAAGUAAUUAAAGAAGUGCUUCACUUUCAUAAAUGACAAGACAAAAGAAGAAUAUAACAUGUUUUAUUAUUGGAAUGGUGGAGAUUAACUUAAAUACCGUAACUGUAGUUAAUCUAAAUCCUCUUACAUCUACCCCAAAUUUAGCUGAUUUUACAAUAUCCAAAAUAUAGCAUCUUUGAAAAAAAAACCACAAAUACAACAUGAGGUUUACAUGCAUUAUUCCUGAUAACAAUCCUUUGGGCAGCCAUAACCAUUCUACUAAAUUUUCUCCAUGAUCUUCUCUCACGUAAAAGAAAUCUAAACGAGAUAAAAGAAAAUAAUCAAUAUCACAAACAACAUUUGCACGACAGAUGGUUUUUCAACCUCAUGAAACAUGGAAAUUCAAUUACAACAACAUAAAAAGAAAGAAUUUGAAGCAGAAGGAGAAGAAAAUAGGUUGCUACAAUCCGAAGAAUGCGAGACAAUACCAUUAUCCUCGCCACAGUCAUCUAUAUCAAUAUCGUUGGACUUGGACGGUGUUGAUAGAGAGGACUGCGUCUACGCGGCAAAGGACAAAAUCCAUAUUUUUGACUUGGAGUCGAACGGAAAUAAUGUUGGAUCAACUGUGGUGCCACCGUUCUCAUGGAAGAAGCUCUGGCUCUUCACAGGGCCAGGACUUCUAAUGAGCGUGGCGUUUUUGGAUCCGGGAAACUUGGAAGGAGACCUGCAAGCCGGCGCGAUUGCAGGGUACUCAUUGCUAUGGCUUUUAAUGUGGUCCACCAUCAUGGGGCUCUUAAUACAACUUCUAUCGGCGCGGCUCGGUGUGGCCACGGGGCGACACUUGGCGGAGCUUUGUAGGGAGGAGUAUUCCAAUUGGGCUAGACUAGUUUUAUGGUUCUUAGCUGAGUUGGCUUUGAUUGCUGCUGAUAUUCAAGAGGUUAUUGGUAGUGCUAUUGCUCUUAAGAUUCUUAGCCAUGGGAUUCUUCCCAUUUGGGCUGGUGUUGUCAUCACAGCCUUUGAUUGUUUUUUCUUUUUAUUUUUGGAGAAUUAUGGAGUGAGGAAGUUAGAAGGUGUUUUUGCUGUUUUCAUUGGAACUAUGGGCUUUGCUUUUGCAUGGAUGUUCUUUGAUACAAAGCCAAAUGAAGAAGAACUUCUUAUGGGUCUUUUGAUCCCGAGAGUUGGCUCAAAAACACUACGCCAAGCAGUGGAAAUCGUAGGAUGUGUGAUAACACCGCACAAUGUAUUUCUCCAUUCCGCGUUAGUACAGUCGAGAGACAUCGACAUACGAAACAAAGGCCAAGUUCAAGAGGCUCUAAAUUACUACUCAAUUGAAUCCUCAAUAGCCCUUUUAAUCACAUUAAUAAUCAACCUAUUUGUGAUAGCAGUUUUUGCCAGAGUGUUCUAUGGUACAGAACAAGCCAAAGACAUAGGACUAGUGAAUGCAGGACAAUAUCUUGAAGAAAAAUAUGGUGGUGGAUUUUUUCCAAUACUUUAUAUUUGGGGCAUUGGUUUAUUAGCAGCAGGACAAAGUAGUACAAUUACUGGUACUUAUGCAGGACAGUUUAUAACUGAGGGAUUCUUAAAACUGAACAUUAAAAAAUGGUUGAGGGCAUUGAUUACUAGAAGUUGUGCUAUUGUUCCAACUAUGAUUGUAGCAAUUGUUUUUAAUACUUCAGAAGGUUCUUUGGAUACUUUGAAUGAAUGGCUUAAUGUGCUUCAAGCUAUUCAGAUUCCUUUUGCACUUAUUCCUCUUCUUACUUUGGUGUCUAAAGAAGAGGUCAUGGGCACAUUCAGAAUUGGACCUCUUUUAGAGAGAGUGGCAUGGACAGUGGUGGUGCUUGUGAUAAUGCUUUAUGGAUAUAUGUUAUUAGAUUUCUUUCUCUCUGAAGUGAAGGGACUAUUGUUUGGAUUUUUAGUGUUUCUUGGUGCAGCAGCAUGGAUUUCAUUUAUUGCUUUUCUUCUAAGACAUAGUGGUGCUAUUUCUUCUAUCUUUCUCAAAUCUCCAAAUUCUGAAGGCUUUUCUCUUGCAAAUUGAUAUGUAUAAAUACUCAAUUUACUUAUUUUUGUAUUUUUUUUCUUUCUUUAAAAAAUAUAUGUAGGGUGUUUAAGAAAUGAAUUAGUCAUAAACAAUUGUUUAAAGAGUUAGGAUGGGUUAGAGUUACUCAUGAU